UUCAGCGAAAAUGAGUUGGGCGAGUGCUUUCGUCGUCGCGAUAUUUCUCUGUUCGGUGGGUAAAUUACACGCACAAUGUGUCAGAGGUCAACGUCAGGCCUGUGUUGGCUGUUCAUCGAAAGUUCUGUGUACAGUUUAUGGAAGACCGGUAGCUGGAUCUCAGAUACGCUGUGAUGAAAUAGAUAAAACGAAGCCAUUUUGCAAUGGAAAUACGGGAAUUUGCUCCGAUAAAUCAUGCCCUACCGAGCUGUGUCCACGAGAAGGAAAUUUCCCAUUACCUACAUACUGCCGUCAAUACAUCUCUUGCGAUGAAGAAAGGCGGGCCACAAUCAUUAACUGCCCUUCCGAUUGGAUUUAUAACCAUACUUUGGGAAAUUGUGUUGCUCGACAGAGUGCCGAUGACUGUUUCCAGCUCAACUGUUUGGCAGGCAGACAUCGCUACUGGGCCUAUGGUCCUGACCCUAGGCUUUAUUUUUACUGUGCUGCAGAGGGUCCAAUGACUUUUGAAUGUCCAGGGAAACAUGAAUCAUAUAACGGAGAUGCAGGCUUUUGUCAGUUUCAUUGUCCACGUAUGGGAAAUUUUGAAUAUCCCGAUGAUAGCACACUGUACUAUAGCUGUCAAAACAAAAAUUACACGCUAAAGUCAACUGUAAUGAGUUGUGAUGAUGGAAUGACGUUUUCAAAAGAGCAAGAACAAUGUAGUUUCAAAUCAGUUUCGCCAACUGAAAGCUCGACUUCGCCAGGAAAUUCAACUUUGUCAGACAAGUGGUCUCAAUCACUUAAUUCAACUAAGCCUGGAGAACCAACUUCACCAGCUCAUUCAACUACUCCAGACAAGCCAUUUUAUCCACCUGAUUCAAGUGAGCCAGGAAAAACAUUUAUCCCAUCUAAUUCAAGUACGCCAGGAAAACCGCCACAAUCUGCUUAUGCACCAACGCCACAAAAGCCACCUCAAUGGUCUGAUUCUAAUCAGCCACAAAAACCAACUUCGCAAGCUGAUUCAAGUUAUCCAAUUAUGCCAUCUCAACCACCUAAUUCAAAUAAUCCAGGAGAUCCAACAUCACCAGCUUAUCCAACUACACUAGACAAGCUAUGUCAAGCAUCUACGCCAGGAAAAUCACCACAGUUUAACUACCAACUUUGCGAGCAAUUUCUAGUACACCAGGAAAGCCACCUCAAUUCAACUUCGCCAGGAAAGCCAACUCAACCAUCUAUUUCAACUAAUCCAGAAAUGCCAACUUCGCAAACUAAUUCAACUACUUCAGAUAAGCCAUCACAGUCAUUCACUCCAACUCAACCAGGAGUUCCAGCUUUACCAGAUUAUUCAACUACGCCAGGAAAACCAAAUUCGCCACAUGAACCACAUUUGAACACGACCGAAAAGCCACAAGCAAGUUCUGCUAGUUCAAAGAAAUUUCACUUGUUCAUUCACAUCGUCUUGCAAAUGCUUUCAAAUGGGACAAUCUAUUUCAGUAAGUCUAAUACCAACAAAGACUAUUUGAGCGAGCAACCUAAGUUAAAGGAUCCCAAGAACACGCAGCCCAACUCAAUAGAGCUCACCAACGAACAGUCUAACUUAGACGAGCCAAACAUCAAGCAACCUAGCUCAGGAGAGCCCAACACUAAUCAACCUAACUUAUGGUGGCCCAAUUUGUCCGAUUGGCCCAAUUUCGGAAAACCCAUCGUCAAGCAGCCUAGUUCAGGGGAACCAAACAACGGGCAGCACUCCUUGGAAGGGCAAAGUUUUGUGAAGCCCAACACCGAGGAUCCCUACUCCGUUGAGCCCAACAUCAAUCAACCUUAUUUAGGGCAACCAAAUUUCGGGGAAUCUCAUUCAGGUGCACCAAAGGAGUCCACGUUUUGGGGACCCCACGAUUGGCCAAAAUUCAAGCAGCCGAGUUUUGAACAAAAUAUCAUGCGGCCUUACCCUGGAGACCUCAAUGUAGGAUACCAUAACCCGAACUUGGGGAGGAAGGUCUACGAAAAGCCGAACAUUGAACAGCCCAAUUUCGGGGAGCCCUAUGUGGGAGAGUCAGAUAUAAAAAAGCCCAAUGACGAUCAUUCCAGCAGUAGUGGGUUUGUCAUCGAGCAACCUCAUACCAGCGGAAACAAAUUCGGAGAAACAAACUGCUUGAGAUGGUCUAGCUCCAACAAAAGGCCUAACUUCAGAGGACUUAAAAACUCCGAAUGGAAUCGACCAAGAGGUUGCAUCAAAAAAGGAAGGAAGUCUAUUGAAAUAUCUAUACUAAAAGGAAGAUAGUUUCUAAGGCAACAUUUGAAAGACGACCCUGUAUGAAAUAUUGAAUUUUAAUAAUUACAACAAUAAAUUAUC